AUGGAGAGCGCGGCGCAGUCCAUCGUGAGCAACCUGGGGCAGCUGCUGGUCGACGAGGUCCAGGAGAUCCGCGGCGUCGGCGACAAGGUGGUUCUCCUAAUGGACGAGCUGUCCACCAUGAACGCCUUCCUCCGAAUGAUCUCCGAGGCGGACCAGAGCACCGUCGACCACCUGGUCAGGGAGUGGGAGAAGCAGGUGCGUGAGCUCGCCUACGACGCCGAGGACUGCGCCGACACUUACUGGCUCCGCGUCAGGCGCCCGAUGGCGCCCCUCCAGCUGCCUCACAUUAUCGUGAAAUGGCCCAAGUACCAGCUGGAGAAGCUGCUGCUGCGACGCACCCUCGCCGCCGACGUCAAGGCCCUUCUGGCACGUACCACCACCGUCAGCGAGCGCCGCGUUCGCUACGGCAUCGACCGGGCAGCGCUACCCAGGUCUCCGUGGUUCGCUCCAGUCUCGGCGGCGUCUGUGUCCACGAAUGCCCUCCGCCGUGCCGAUGACCCUGAUGAUCAGUUCGUCGGCAUCAGGGAACAGGUCGACACCCUGGCGGAGAGGAUCAAAGCCGACGAUGAUGACAGAAGCCUCAAGGUGUUCUCCAUCGUGGGGUCCGGAGGGCUGGGGAAGACAACUCUGGCGGUGGAGCUGUGCCGGCAGCUGGAGGCCGACUUCCAGCGCCAGGCGCUGGUGUCCGUGUCACAGGCGUUCGAUGGCGGGAAGGAUAUGAAGGGACUGAUGGCCCGACUGCUCAAGCAGAUUGUGAACCUGAAAGAAGAUGGUGAGCAAACCCAAGGCAACCAACCUAAAAUCAACCAAAUGGACGUGGAAGAACUGUCGAGCAAGCUCAAGGAGCUCCUCAAGGACAAGAGGUAUCUCAUUGUGAUCGAUGAUGUAUGGAGCGUACCAGCAUGGGAAGCUAUCCGCGUCAGAUUGCCAGAGAACAAAUGCAGCAGCAGAAUCAUUGUGACGACUCGGAUAGAGACAGUGGCCAAAGCAAGUAGCGUUUCAGAGGAUCUUGUCCAUCAUAUAAAGCCACUGGACUUACAUGACAGCAAGAAGCUAUUCGUCAAGAGAGUAUUUGGCUCCAUGGGUGGUACUUGCCCCGACGGAUUGAAAGAUACCAUGGACAAUAUUUUGAAGAAAUGUGGUGGGUUGCCAUUGGCUAUUGUUAGUAUAGCCAGCCUUCUAGCAAGCUACAAUUCGGCUGAGAGUGUAGAAAUGUGGAUAAAAGUGUCCAACUCAAUUGGUUCUCAGAUGGAGAGCCACCCCACCCUGGAGGGGAUGAGGCAAGUGAUUACACUCAGCUAUGACUACCUGCCUCAUCAUCUAAAGGCUUGCAUGAUGUAUCUGAGCAUUUUCCCUGAGGAUUAUGUGAUUGCCAAGGAUAGGUUGUUGUACAGAUGGAUUGCCGAAGGUUUGGUUGCUAAGAAGCGGGGUUUGACUUUGUUUGAUGUUGCAGAAGAAUACUUCAAUGAGCUGAUAAGCAGGAACAUGAUUCAACCAAACAAGCUACAGGUAACCAAAAAAACCUACUCCCAUGCAGAAAUGGGCGAAGCAUGCCAGGUGCACGAUACGAUGCUUGAGGUCAUGGUGUCCAAAUCCCAAGAUGCCAACUUUGUUAGCUUGGUAGGACGGCAAUAUGGAGGAUCGCCAUAUGGCAAGGUUCGACGCCUCUCAAUCCAUGCCAAUGACGACAACGAGCGCAUGAGUCAGAACAAGGGAGUGGAGCAGCGGCAUCAUGCAAGACAUGGCAUUGAGGCGAUGAACCUACAACAAGUUCGAUCACUCACUAUAUUUCAGUCGGAAGGCCUUGAGAAGCUUUUAAAUCGAAUAGGCGAGUUCAAGUUGCUGAGGGUACUUGACCUGGAAGACUGCAAGGCUCUGCAAGACAAGCAUAUGAGAUAUGUCUGUCGGCUGUAUCUUCUCAGGUUCUUGAGAUUGACAGGUACACGAAUCAGUAAGAUGCCUAGCGAAAUCGGUGAUCUGGAGUAUUUGGAGAGUCUGGAUGUUGGAAGUAGGAUGUACAUGCCGCCAACCGUGACGAAGCUGCAUAGACUUGAGCGCCUGAGGGUGCCUUGGUGGACUCUACCACGGGGUCUAGGGAACAUGAAGGCGCUGCGCGAGGUGGACUGGGCCCAACUCAAAGGUGACGUUCAGGUUGCCCGAGAGAUAGGUGAGCUACAACACUUGCAGGUGCUAUAUAUUACUGUGGUUGAGGACCCCGAAGAGGAGUUUUCGAGUGUGCUUUGCUCCUCCCUAAGCAAGACAUGCGCCCUCCGAUCGCUCCACCUGUAUUCUGGCAGGACACUGGACUCUCUCCUUCACGUCUCCUCACCGCCACCACUCCUCCAGCAUCUUACUAUGAUGGGGCCCAUUAGUCAAUUUCCUGAUUGGAUCUCAUCACUCAAGCACCUUGCAGAAUUUUCGGUGGAAUGGGCCACGCUUGCUGCUGACCAGCUACUUGAUUCCUUGUGUAAGUUGCCCAGCCUGCGGAGCAUCCGCCUGGGGAUGCGGAGCUGCAAAGACCGAGAGCUGGUUGCACGCACCACACACAGUUUUCCAGCGCUGAGGAUCCUGGAUCUGUACCUCGCUGGAGAACAGCCCGAAGUAGUCGAAUUUGAGCAAGGAUCAAUGACAAAGCUGGAGACGCUUCUAUUGGAGUUCUCUGACAAGGAGAGGAGAAUUGUCGGUAUUGACAACUUGAAGAGCCUUAAAGAGGUGAAGCUCAGUGGUUGGGAAAAUAACCCAUCACUGCAACGCGCACUGCAGCAGCUCAAGGAGGAGAACGAGAAUCGCCGUGAGUCCAGCCAGAUCAAAGUUGUAGUGCACCAUGGGUGA